CAGCGAGCGGGAGGAGGAGCCGCCGCCGCGCCAGGGGCAGCCCCGGGAGCCGGAGAGGGCGCCCCAGGGGUUGCCCCCCCCUCUGCUGAGAUGUCAGGAAGGAAGGGGCCGGCUGUGUCCUCCACAGGGGCCCCCGGCCCUGGAGCUCGGAGGUGGAGCACGUGCUGACAGGUGCUCCGAGAGAUGCUCCCCCACCUCCCAUGCUCCCUCCCUGUCCUCCUCCUCCUCUUCCUCCUCCCCGGUGUCCCAAUGGAGCCCCAUCCCCCGCCCUCAACACUGCCCCCGUUUCUGGCCCCUGAGUGGGACCUCCUGUCCCCCCGGGUAGCCCUGUCCAGGGGCACGCCCUCAGGGCCCCCUCUGCUCUUCCUGCUGGAGGCGGGGGCUUUUGGAGAGCCGGCCAGCGCCCCGGCCAACCGCAGUCGGCGUGGGGUGAGCGAGACGGCACCAGCGAGUCGCCGGGGGGAGCUGGCCGUGUGCGACGCGGUCAGCGGCUGGGUGACCGACCGCCGGACGGCUGUGGACUUGCGCGGGCGCGAGGUGGAGGUGCUGGGCGAGGUGCCUGCGGCGGGCGGCAGUCCCCUCCGCCAGUACUUCUUCGAGACCCGCUGCAAAGCUGAGGGCCCCGGGGAAGGCGGCCCCGGCGGGGGCGGUGGGGGCUGCCGGGGCGUGGACCGGAGGCACUGGGUGUCCGAGUGCAAGGCCAAACAGUCGUACGUGCGGGCGCUGACUGCUGAUGCCCAGGGCCGCGUGGGCUGGCGAUGGAUCCGAAUCGACACUGCCUGUGUUUGUACCCUGCUCAGCCGGGGCGGCCGGGCCUGAGGCUGGAGCCCAGGAACCGGCCACGCGGAGGAGAGUGAAGAGAACUGGAUCUGUGCAGAGGGACCUCAGCGGCGGCCUGGCUUGCCCAAGGGCCUACGUGUGGGAACUUGCCGGAAUGGCCGCAAAAUCACAGCUGCGGGAGGAGUGAUGACACCACACAGGGUCCCGAGGAUGGAUUGGGGUCCUCCUGGAGGGACGGAGGGGAUUCACAAUGAAAACAGCCAAUACCCACCGAGCGCUGCCCGUGCAUCGGCCCUGACACGCGAGCCCUCGCAUCGGCUGUUGUGGAUCCCACCGGCAGAGACCCUCGGUUCUAGGUUGCCGACCGAUCGUUCGGUCUCAGCUUGCCCACCUGGGAAAGAAGGACAAGUGGAUGGGGGAGGGGAGAGCCCGGGACACAGGGGCCAGCACCAGGAGAGCAGGACGCUUCAGUGCCUGGGGGCGGGGAUUCAGAUGAGAAAUUGUGCUCCGUCCGAGGGGGCGGUUGUCUGUUUUGAGGUAGUGAGCCUCCCAUCACAGGACCGGCACAAGGAAGCUGGACAAGGCCAGGCUGCUGGGGAGGUCACCCCUGAGCAGAGAGCUGGAGUCAGGUUUCUACCCCCAUUCCCUGUCCCAACCUUCACCCCGCACUGGGGAAGAAACACUAUAUAUACUCAACGCUGUCUGGCUGGAGCAGGACACGGGGUUCCGACCAGUCGGCCUGCACCCUGGUUGGGAUCGGGGCUCAGCCGACACCGAGGGGCUUU